AUGGGCGAACGGCGCAAGCAAGAGAUCGAGGAGAAGAAGGCCCGUCUGGCCGAGCUGCGGCGUGCGCGUGCCGAGCGUCAGAAGCUCCUUGCGCAGGCUGAAGCUGGACCGUCCGACUCACCAGCGCUCGGAUUGACGACCCGCAAAGCAGAGGUUAACGAUCUCGUCGACCAGCUCCUCGCGUCUAACAGACCCGGGUCGCCAUACACUCCAGGUGCACCGUCACGCGCCUCCUUAUCCGCCCUCCAGAGCAAUGCCGGCACGCCGCCAGCGUCUGUGCCCAGCACACCGUCACGAAGUGGGGCGCGCCCCUCUGAGGGCGGCCUGGGGUCGCGUCCCAUAUCCAUGACGAUUGGUCCUGACGCUCCGCCGACAACAUCAGUCGCCGUCCAGGUCGAGUAUGUCGAUACCUACACGGAGAUGUGGGACAUGCCGUCCAAGGCGGCGAAACCGGAGACGUACUCCAAGUCGGUCCAGACGAAUAUGGUCUCGACCGGAACCGAGACGUCGGACGACGAGGAGGAGUUCGACAACAGGCGGAAUGUUCCGAAUCGCGAGACGGAGGACGAGCUGAGGGCGCGCAUCAUUGCCGAGCUCGACGACGAACGAAAGCAGCUGGAGAAGGAACUGAAGGAGCUCAAGGAGAAGACGGACAGUCUGCAGCUGCAGCAGCUUCCGGACGAGCAGCGACAAGCCAUCUUCGCCACGCCCGACUUCACCAGCUUCCUCGAGGGAAGCUCUAGGAUCGUCCAGAGGGCCCUCAGUGAUGGAUACGACUACAUCAAGGACUACACCAUUGGUGUUGACGGUGGAUUUGAGGGACAGAAGGUCAAGCUGUUUUGUGCCUUCUCCGACGACCGCUGGACGAAUGGACGAUCCGUCACCGACCUCGACUGGUCACCAAAGUCUGACAUCCUUUCCGUGACCUUCUCCCCCUUCCACCCCACACUCAUUUUUGGAGGCAGCUACUCCGGCCAGGUUUUGCUCUGGGACACGCGCGCUAAGCACCUGCCGGUGCUGAAGACGCCGUUGUCUGCGUCUGGGCACACGUACCCGAUCUACGCUAUGAAGGUGGUCGGUACGCAGAACGCCAACUCGCUGAUCACGACAUCGACCGACGGCCUGGUCUGCUCGUGGCAGGCGGACAUGUUGUCGCAGCCGCAGGAGGCGCUGCUGCUCACGGUGCCAUCGCCGACGAACAAGACGGACGAAGUGUCAAUCACGUGCAUGGAUUUUGAGGAGAACGAGACCGCGACCUUCUGGGUGGGCACGGAAGAGGGCUCCGUCUACCAGGCAAACCGGUACGACCGCGCGAGCGCCAAGGCGGGACUGAACCCCGACGACGUGUACCGCGGGCACGCCGGUCCCGUGACGGGCAUCGACUUUCACCCGUCGUCCGGCUCGAUCGACUUCUCCGACCUCUUCGUCACCUCGUCUGUGGACUGGACCGUGAAGCUCUGGCGCGCCAAGGGCGGCAAGCCGGCGCACGGCAGCGAACGGCCGGUGCACUCCUUCGAGUCUGCCGACGACUACGUCUUUGACGUCAAGUGGCACCCGCAGCAUCCCGCUCUUUUCGGCUCGGUCGACGGAAGCGGCAAGUUUGACCUGUGGAACCUGAACCAGGACGUCGAGGUGCCGAGUGUGUCGACGCAGGUCUCGUCGCAGGCGCUGAACAAGAUUGCGUGGGACAGGUCGCCGUCCAGCCGCAAGGUUGGUCUCGGAGGCAGUGACGGCAAGCUGUACGUGUACGACGUCAGUGAGAAGGUCGUCCAGCCGCGCGAGAACGAGUGGGUCGAGCUCCAGAAGACGGUGCAGAACCUCGUCGCGUCGCGCGAUGCUGGAGGCGGCCUGGGCAGCGUGCCCCUUCCCGAGCCGACGGCGCGAUACCGUGUGUAG